UUCAAUAUUUUUUUUAGUUAAUAGAAGUUUCCAGACUUACCUCCUAGGGUUGGGGAGAGAGAAAGACAGGGAGGCUCGUGGAUGCUACCUACCUCCUCAUCCUCCAAAAUUUCAUCGUCAUCUUCGAUCUGUGGAUUGGCUUAUAUAAUAGCAUCGACUCGAAUUCUAGGGUUCGUCAGAGCUUUGGGUUCUGAGUAACAAACAGGUUACUGAUUUUCUGUUACAUAGUGUGGGGUGGAAGGGUUUGCUGCUUAGCAGAUGUAUUGAAAGUUAUGAGAUCAAUCUUUGUUCAUUUUGCUAGUGGUUUUGGUAUCUGUAAUAAACGGGUGCAAGCAAAGUUGCUUUGUUUGAGAGGGUAAGAUGCCAUCAAAUUAUUUCUCCAGUCUAAGCACUUCAGUCAAGCGGGAAAUCCAGAGAGCGACAAUAUCAGGGCCAGAAGGUGGGCUCCAAGACUUGGUGGGAGUUUUUGUUGGCCAGGGGAAGUUGUUGGUUGGCAGCACUAGGUUCUUCCAUUCCACACCAUUUUCAACACUUAGUGAUCUACAUGUUCUUGUACAACCUGGAACUGUUGUUGCUGCACAAUCAAAUUUGCAUUUAGUAAAUCGAAGAAGGAACCUUUCAUUUGUGGGAGCACUUUCUCGCACAUUUUCUAUUCCAUCUGUAUCAGGGCCUUCAUUUCAGGUUUGUGGGUAUCACGUUGAUCGCUUACUAUCUGAAUCCAGCCAUUUUCCUUUGGGCGUAGAGUCUCAGAAGACACCAAUGGCUCUUUAUGGUUCUAAGGCUGUAUUCGGUGACUGUUCCUUAAAUAAUCUAACUUCAAAGCUUGGGCACCUCACAGUGUCAACAAAUAAUGCUACUACUUUUUACAGCAAUAGAAGUUUUGACAGUUGCAGAAAAGCCAGCAUGAGUUUGAGAAAUAAGGAACAACCCCACAAUUUAUUUCUCUAUGGGUAUUUCAUUUAUAAUGUUACAAAAAGGAAGGGAAACUCUAUUCCAGACUUGGGGUUCGGAUUAAAGGUCUUCCACAGCUCAUCAUCUUCAUGUUCAUCUGCUGGGACUGCUCCUGAUGUGUCCUUCGACAACUCUGGACGGGAGGAACAACUUCCAAGUGCUGCAGUUUCUUCAGAACAGAAAGACCUAGUGGAUAGAACACUGAAGCUGAUUUCAGGUUCAUGCUACUUGCCUCAUCCUGACAAAGAAGAAACUGGUGGGGAAGAUGCUCACUUUAUUUGUGUGGAUGAACAAGCAGUUGGUGUAGCAGAUGGUGUCGGUGGUUGGGCUGAUCUGGGUGUUGAUUCAGGGAAAUUUUCUCGGGAACUUAUGUCUAAUUCAGUAGCUGCAAUUCAAGAGGAGCCUAAGGGUUCUAUUGACCCAGCUAGGGUCUUGGAGAAGGCUCAUUCGAGCAUAAAAGCCAAAGGGUCCUCAACUGCUUGUAUCAUAGCACUCACAAACCAGGGUCUACAUGCGAUUAAUUUGGGAGACAGUGGGUUUAUAGUGGUCAGAGAUGGAAGUACCAUUUUCCGAUCCCCUGUACAGCAGCAUGAUUUCAAUUUCACAUAUCAAUUGGAAAGUGGAAAUGGUGGUGAUAUGCCUAGUUCUGGUCAGGUGUUUACAAUUCCUGUUGCUCCGGGAGAUGUAAUAAUUGCUGGCACUGAUGGACUCUUUGAUAAUUUGUACAACAAUGAGGUCACGGCAGUGGUGGUUCAUGCCAUGAGAGCUGGCUUGGGGCCUCAGGUUACAGCUCAGAAAAUUGCAGCACUGGCACGCCAACGAGCACAGGAUAAGAACCGACAGACACCAUUCUCCACUGCUGCACAAGAUGCUGGAUUCCGUUAUUAUGGUGGCAAGCUUGAUGACAUUACUGUUAUUGUUUCCUAUAUUACAAGCGCCAACAAUGAAUCUUCUUCUCCUUCACCUAGCGACUCUGGUUAGAGGCUCUCUUAGUGACGGGUUUCAUUUGGGUUGCUUGGCAUGUUUUGGCACAUUUGAUGCCGAUUUUGAUGGAGAGUUUAACUGGUCUACAUGUUUGUUUUCCUUUGGCUAAUGAGCCUGAUGUGCUCUGCACUCUUGAACCACUACUGUAGAUAAAUACUUUCUGUAGUUUUAACAUAUUCUCUGCAAAUUUUUUGCUAGGAUUGAGGUUAAGAUUUUUGGGAUAGGGGGUGGAUUCUUGUUACCACCAGCAUAUUGGACAGGUACUGUAAGAAACUCCGACAGAGAAGACAGAGCUCAAAGCUUAGUGUUGUCAAAGAUCAUUUAUGAAACUUGUAAGGGGACAUCUUUGUGUCUAAAUCUCAUGAAAGGUAAUUUUUUCUUGCCAAA